CGACUAUUCAGGCUUAUUACGUGUGAGGACUAGUCCUGUUACGAGACUGAAGCAUCUGGAAUAGGACUUUCUCCCUCCUACCUAUUCAUGAAGAAAAAUAAUACAUUGUUCUUUGCCUUUUACGCAUGAAUUUACAGACUACAGGCGCAUGCUUUACAACCCGAAACUUACUUUCGGACGAGAUUCUACAGCCGUAUUGCAAAGGACUAAAACUAAAAACUAAAGAGGUGGGUGCUGAAUACAAAGUGAUACGGUGAUCCCAUGUUUCGCUCGCAUGACUAAUUAAUAUCAGUACUCAGUCUCACGCGCUCCUAUUUUUUUAUAUAAACUAUGGCGUUUAGAGCGAGAGCGUUGUACGACUUUAGUUCCGAAAAUCGAGGAGAGAUAUCGAUUACUGAGAACGAAGUUGUUACUUUGUACAGCGAACAAGAUGUCGAGGGAUGGUUAGAGGGAACUAACAGCAGAGGGGAGACUGGUCUUUUUCCAGCCUCAUAUGUGGAGAUUCUCACAAAUGAUUCAUCUGACAUCUCCUCCAACAACAAUGGUAUGUCGGCAGAUCAUGGUCAAGCCGAGUUGCCAUCAAGUGGAUAUGAUUCAUCAUACCAUUCCCAGUCCCACUCUCGUGCUGAGAGCAUUACAGUUCCGAACCCUACCCACUCUGCUUAUUCUGUGCAAACUCCACAGCACCACAGUUACCCAACCAGUCAAGGUAGUGAUGACGACUGGGAUGAUGACUGGGAUGACAGCUCGACUGUGGCGGAUGAACCUGGAACGAUACAUGACAAUGAUGGAACUAGUUCCACAGCAUACACGGUCACUACCACUUUGCCUGAGAGACGUAGCAGUGCCCAAGCCAAAAGUUCAGCCACAGUGGGUAAAAACCUCAACAGGUUUUCAACCUUUGUGAAAUCAGGCGGAGAGGCUUUUGUGUUGGGCGAGGCGGCUGCCUUCGUCAAGGACGGGGACAAGAUCUGUGUUGUCAUGGGCCAGUAUGGGCCCGAGUGGCAAGAAGACCCAUAUCCAUUCGCCUGCUCCAUCGAUGACCCAACCAAACAGACUAAAUUCAAAGGCAUGAAGAGUUACAUGUCAUACAGGCUGACUCCCUCUCAUACCCAGAGCCAGGUGAAUAGAAGGUACAAGCACUUUGACUGGCUCUAUGCCCGCCUAGUCGAACGCUUCCCUGUCAUCUCAGUCCCCCAUCUGCCCGAGAAACAGGCCACGGGGCGCUUCGAACAGGACUUUGUCUCCAAGCGCAGAAAAGGUUUAAUAUGGUGGAUGAACCACAUGACGAGCCAUCCUGUGCUGGCCAGGUGUGACGUCUUCCAGCACUUCCUCACCUGCCCCAGCACAGACGAGAAGACGUGGAAGAUGGGCAAGCGAAAGGCGGAGAAGGACGACUUGACUGGAGCUAACUUCUUCCUGACCAUCUCCACCCCGGCCGUUCCACUGGACCUACAGGAGGUGGAGAGCAAAAUAGACGGUUUCAAAGCCUUCACCAAGAAGAUGGAUGAGAAUUGUCUGUUAGUCAACGCUACCAUCAACGAGUUCGCCCGGAAGCAGAUCACCGGCUUUAAGAAAGAGUAUCAGAAAGUGGGCCAGUCCUUCAAACUGCUGGGCCAAGCCUUUGAGAUGGACCAACAGGCCUAUUCUGUAGGACUGAACCGUGCCAUAGCAUUCACAGGAGAGGCCUACGAGGUUAUAGGAGACUACUUUGCUGAGCAGCCCAGACAGGAUUUGGACCCCAUAUCGGACCUGCUGGACCUGUACAAGGGACACCUGGCCAACUACCCUGAUAUCAUCCAUGUUCAGAAAGGUGCCCUUACCAAAGUGAAGGAGUGCCAGAAACAGGAAGGGGAGGGAUCAACCAUCAACGAGCGCUGUAACAUCAUUUCCUGCGCCACGCUGGCUGAGAUCCAGCACUUCCACCGUACGCGCGUACGUGACUUCAAGAGCCAGAUGCAACACCACCUCCAGCAGCAGAUCAGCUUCUUCCAGAAGAUCACUGGGAAGCUAGAGGAGGCACUGCAGAAGUACGACGAAUGUAUCAUAUAAGGGCCUGAAGAAAGGAGGGUGGCUACAGAGGGAUGGGAGAGAGGAUGGUGGGGACAGAGGGAGAGAGAGAGAGAGGGGGACUUAGAGAGGGAGAGAAAGAAAGAUGGCUAGAGAUGAUAAAUAAAGUGCCCGGAGAUAGGGCAUUUGAAUGACUUGUUCAGUUCUCCAUGACCAGAUUAUUCAUCCAUUCUACAGUCGGAAGUGAGUGGAUCUAUGCAGGUGAUGCAGUGACGGAUGGGAAAAUGGAGGAGGAAGAUACUGAAGAUGCUCCUUCAUUGACGUUGUUGUCCGCAAAACUUGAUCAUGUAGUCUAGCUUGACAGGAUAUGCUAAGUCAUCACAUACAAGAAGUGUCACUUCAGAAACGAGUGGGAUGUCUUCCAAAAGGAACUGUAUAGAAUUGCAAAGAUAUCUUUUAAAAUAUAUGUUUAACCUGUUGCAUUGAA